AUGCGAUCAGCUAAACUGUUAAUGAGUGCUGGCAGCAGUGAAGAAGAUAUAGACGACAUUAUUGAUGAAAUCUGUAAUGACAGCAGCUUUGCCAAAACACCUCUGAAAUUGAAGUCUAACUCUGCAAGUCUCACACCUGAAAGCAAUAGUGCUGUUGUACAGGCUCGUAGGAAAAGAUGCUGUCCAGUGUACCUGGGUGGAAGCUCUUCACCGUAUGGCAUAGGAACAAAUGUUUCGAAAAGAACAUGUGAUCAGCUACGUUGCACUGCUUGCGACUUCCACGUGUCACUUUUUAAUGACUACAUCUGGGAUCAGUCCUGUGAUUAUCUUUUCUUCAGGAAUAACAUGCCUGAGCUCAGUAAACUAAGAGCGAAGAUGAUAAAGAAGAAAGGAGCACGAGCAUAUGCUUGUCAGUGCAGCUGGAGAUCCAUUGAUGAAUUAACUGACCUCCAAACAGACCAGCAGCUUCGGUGGGUUUGUGGUAAACAUGCAGAAUGA